AUGGUCGCGGCAGCCCUGCGCAAAGUCUGCGAUGCACUGGAGCAGGUUUUCACCAAAUUCUCUAUGGACACGUUCAAGGCCCUAAGUGUUAAGCUGCGAGCCACGAGGGAGGAACUGACGCGGAGUUUUGAGGAAGGGAAGCAGGCAGCCAAGCGGGCAGGGGCACGCAGCAUGGCAGCUGAUUUGCUGGAUGGGAAUCUCAGUGAUGCAGAGUUCCUUGAGGAGGAUGUGGUCGACGUGGGCGGCAGAAACGGGCAGAUCUGCCACAGAGCAGGGACAUCGACGGUCGACCAGCAGCAGCUGCAGUGUGCCUUUGAGCAUUUCAACACGCGGAAGAAGAAAGAAGGCAUGUCCGAACUGAGGGCUGCACUAGUGGAGAUGGGUGUGAGGCUGAGCCGGAAGGAGUUGGGUGCAGCACUCAAGACUCAUGGGGCCAGCCGACACCGCAGCAGCACCAACGGUGGCGGUUGGAAUAGCAGCCUUGAUACAGUGUUGGGGGGCGAGCCGGUGUCAGAAGCGGUGGCGGCAGAAACAGUGGCGACCAAAGCAGCGGCGACCAAAGCAGCGGCGGCCAAAGUUGCGGCGGCCAAAGUGGCGACGGCCAAAAUGGCGGCGGCCAAAGUGGCGGCGGCCAAAGUGGCGACGGCCAAAAUGGCGGCGGCCAAAGUGGCGGCGGCCAAAGUGGCGACGGCCAAAAUGGCGACGGCCAAAAUGGCGGCGGCCAAAAUGGCGGCAGCCAAGAGAAGCGAGAUGGCAUGGCUUCUGCUGCCCACUCACACCGUGCUGGGCCCUGGUGGCAAUGGAAUGAUGUGGUCGCUGCCGCAUAUCCAUGCCGUGUUGGGUCUUGCCUGCACCUGCCAGAUUUAUUGCUCAAUGCCCAGCCUUCAGCACAAUGGCUUUGCAUGUGUCCUGCCAGCAUUAGAGACCUUGAAACGGUGA